AUGCUUUUCAUCACUCUCUUCUGCCAGAGAACUUUGUCAGAGGAUAAGUUGAUCGGUCAAGUGAGUUUUCCAGUGCUUUCUCUCUUUGUUAAAAAGGGAGCCUGGUCUAAUACCACUAUAGAGUACCCCGUGUCGGGAACAACGAUUGGUAAACUCUAUAUAUCCUUUAGUUUUGGUGAAAUAUUUAUGGAUCGAAUUGAGCCUUCGUCGAGUUCAUCCGAUUGGGAGAAGAGGGCCGCCACUGCGGAUGUGGUGUUGAAGGUGACUAAAGCAGCACUUGAAAUAGUACAGCAUGUGGUUAGUUAA